UCGUCGGCUCAGAAACUUCAGUUCCUGGGCGGACCCCACACACUCAUACAGCUGGAUUUGAAACAGCUGGAUCUGCCUCCCUUUCACUUUUAGCGAGGAGCCCCACAAGCCCUAGACAGGCUGGCUGGCGGAGAAUGAACCAAGAAGCACUGCAAAACUGGGAUUUGGUUGCUGGCAAGAGCCAGAAAAUGGGUUACUGCAGGAGGCUUCCUCAGCUUCUGCUAUUGCUGCUUCAGCUGCUGUGCACCAGCCGAGCUGGAAGGAAUGUGAACAGCAAUGUCUGCAAGUGGUGUGACAAUACCUACCCCAUCUGUGAAAAUCAGGUGUGCUACACCAACUGUAAUUUUAGCUCCUAUUGUGAAAAACCAGAAGAAAUCUGUGUUUCUCUAUGGAAACAAGUCAAUGCAAGUAUAAAAGUAAACACUUUCUGCCACAACCCACAGCUGCCAGUGGAAAAUAUCAUGAUAUCAAGAUAUAACACGUCGAAGUGUGUCAUGAUCCGGCAGCAGAAUGAGGAUGGCGUUUUUUACAUCUGUGGUUGUGUGAAAGAGCAGGAAUGCAAUGACAAGCUUAUCUUUGAGAAUCAUAGCAAUGGAUACUCCAUGCUACAUAGCAAGGAAAUCAUCCCUGUGGCAGCCAUCAGCCUGCUGCCCCCGCUGUUGGUGGCUAUCAUGAUCACCGUGAUAUUCUAUCUCUGCCGAACCCAUCGGCAGAAGAGGCUGUCCAAGCAGUGGGCCCAGAAACACACUCAAUGCCGUGAGCGGCCUGAAUCCAGCAGAGCCGCCACUUAUGAUGAGAUCCUGUCCGUCAAAAUAGAUCAUCAUUCUGCUCUCCACCCGGUCCGUGCCGGUAACCUCAACCAUAUCAACGAACUCCUGCCAGUUGAGUUGGAAGAAAGAGUGGGGAAAGGGCAAUUUGCAGAAGUCUGGAAAGCCAAGCUAAAGCAUGCAUCUUCAGGCAAGCAUGAGAUAGUGGCCGUGAAGAUUUUCCCUUGUGAGGAAUUUGCAUCCUGGAAAAAUGAAAGCCAGAUCUUCACGGAUGCCAACCUGAAGCACUGCAGCAUCCUUCGGUUCCUUUCCGCAGAAGAGAGGCACUCUGGGCUUCAGAAAGAAUACUGGCUGAUCACUGCCUAUCACAGCCAAGGCAAUCUUAAAGAUUACCUGUCCAGGAAUAUUCUCAGCUGGAGAGACUUGCAAAAGAUGGCAGGUUCCCUCGUGAAUGGCGUGACCCACUUGCACAGUGACUACACUGCCGGUGGCAGUCCAAAGAUUCCCAUUGCCCACCGGGAUAUCAAAAGCACAAAUGUUCUCAUUAAGAACAAUCAAGAAUGCGUGCUCUGUGAUUUCGGGAUUGCUCUGAGACUGGAUCCAUCUUUAAGCGUGGGAGAUUUUGCUAAUAGUGGACAGGUGGGCACUGCCAGAUACAUGGCUCCUGAGGUUUUGGAAUCCAGAGUGAACCUUGAAGAUCUGGAAUCCUUUAAACAAAUGGAUGUCUAUUCUAUGGCUCUGGUUUUAUGGGAGAUAGCCUCCAGGUGUGAUGCUAUAGGAGAGGUGAAGAAUUACGAACCACCCUUCGGAUCAAAGGUCCGGGAACGGCCUUGUAUGGAAGUUAUGAGAGAUAUUGUGCUUUAUGGUCGAGAACGACCAGAGAUACCAACUAACUGGUUGGCCCACCAG